AUGUCUUCAGAAAUUACAGAAGAGAAUGCUCCUUUAGUAUCAAAUGAAAUAGAAGCAUCUCCAACUACUCAUGAUACUCCUACUACUCCAACCGAACAACAACAACAACAAGAUACUCCUCGUGGAUAUUUACCAAAAGAUCAAAUCGAAUGGGAAUUUGGUGGUCCAGUAGGUGCUGUUGGAAUGAUGGUGGGUUUCCCAUUAUUAAUGUGGUAUAUGUGGAUCAGUGCUGAAUUCUAUAAUGGUUAUCCUGCUUGGCCAAAUGUUGAUCAAUCAUGGUCUGAUUUUAUCUUUGUUGAUUUAUGGCAAAUCUUUAAACAACAUGGAUUACCAUCAUUUGGAGUCUGUUUUUUCUUCACUGCAUUUAUUUUAGUACAAGCUGGGUUUUAUUUAACUUUACCUGGUGUUUGGACUAAAGGUCAACCUUUAACUCAUAUGAAUAAUCAACAGUUACCUUAUUAUUGUAAUGCAAUUUGGUCAUUUUAUACUUCAAUUGUAUUACUGUUGAUAUUGAAUUUUACUGGUAUUUUGAAGAUUACUUAUAUUUUAGAUCAUUUUGGAGCUGUUAUGACAACUGCUAUAUUUUAUGGUAUUUCAUUAUCAAUCUUAUUAUAUGUCAUUUGUCUUAAAGUUACUGGAGAUUAUAAUCGUAUGACUGGUAAUCAUAUUUAUGAUAUGUUUAUGGGCGCACCAUUGAAUCCAAGAUUAGGGAAAUAUUUAGAUCUUAAAAUGUUUUUUGAAGUUAGAAUUCCUUGGUUUAUUUUAUUUUUCAUUUCUUUGGCUUUAUGCUUUAGACAAUAUGAAAAUUAUGGUUAUGUUUCUCCACAAGCUUGUUUCUUAUUGUAUGCUCAUUGGUUAUAUGCUAAUGCAUGUGCUAAAGGUGAAGAAUUAAUUGUACCAACUUGGGAUAUGGCUUAUGAGAAAUUUGGGUUUAUGUUACUUUUCUGGAAUAUUGCUGGUGUCCCAUUCACUUAUUGUCAUUGUAGUAUCUAUUUAGCUAAUCAUAAUCCAGAAGAAUAUCAAUGGUCUAUUGGUUAUAAUGUUUUCUUAUUCAUUUUAAUUAGUGCUGCUUAUUAUUUCUUUGAUACUGGAAAUCGUCAAAAGAAUAGUUUUAGAAGACAAAUGGCAGGAAAUACAACAUUAAGAAAAACUUUCCCAUACUUACCUUAUUCAGAUUUAGUUAAUCCCAAAUAUAUUAAAUGUGCAAAUGGUUCAUUAUUAUUAACUGAUGGUUGGUAUGUUUAUGCUAGAAAAAUGCAUUAUACUGCUGAUUAUAUUCAAACUUUAACUUGGGCAUUAAUGUGUGGUAUGGCAUCUCCAUUCCCAUGGUUCUUUCCAGUCUUUUUCUUUAUUGUUUUAGUUCAUCGUGCUUAUAGAGAUCAAAGAAAAUGUGCUAGAAAAUACGGAAAGGAUUGGGAUAGAUAUUUAGAAGCUUGUCCUUAUAUGUUUAUUCCUUACGUUUGGUAG